CCGCUCUAAGCCUCAAGCUCUAAGUCUCUCGCUACUCUGAGCCUCGUUCAUAUGUUCUCGACGGUAUGAAAACCCGUAACCAUGUCUCUCAAAAUAUGGAGGACGACACCGACAACUCAGACUCGGACGUCCCAUUCCCGUCCGACUCUGAACCGCCCUCUGUGAUCCGUACUCCUUCGCUUCGUAGCAAUGCUAGUCGGAAUGCCAGUGCUGGACCCUCUCUGGAAGUUGGUGUAGAACCAGGCCCAGGAGAAGCAGAAGAAGAAGAAGAAGAAGCAGAACCCAUCUCCCCAGCCUACCUCGCCGCCCUGCAAGCCCACAUCUCCGCAACCCGCGCACGGUACACCCCUUCCUCCAAGGGAAAGGAAAAAGCGGAGGAGAACGAAGUCUAUGAAUAUGAUGAGAGUAUGGGCGUGCAGGGAAUACAAACACGAUGGACGGAAGACGAGAAGGACGUGUUUUUUUGUUCGUUGGCUAGGCAUUCGAGGUUACGUCCCGAUCUUAUUGCUCUGGACAUGCAGGCGGCUUUUCCUCUCUCCCCCUCUCACUCCCACAACCCCUUCUACACACCAAAACCAAAAUCCCUCCCCGAAAUAACCUCCUACCUCACCCACCUCGCCCACUCAACCCACA